UACAACUUAUGCGGCCACCUGUUUCAAGGGGGGUCGUCGAAGGCCGCGCGUCAUUUCACGCAGUCGAAGUUCUGAAAGGCUGGGGGGAUGAUAGUUCUCGCGGAACUCUGGAACGGCACGGACUACACAUUCGUGCCGUCCACUGCUCAGCGGGUGCAGAGGUGGAUGGCAGACGAGGGCAUACGGGACACGAGAGCGCCCGCGGGUGGCCAGAGACAGCGGAUGGACGACGCAAAGAGGAACGACAGUCAGGACGCCCUCGAUGAGGAGGAGGGCCGUGAGGGUGGGGCCAGGGAAACGGGGGUUGGAGACGAGGCAUACGAGGCAGUCGGAGAGCCUAACCUGCCAGGGGAGGAGGUGGUGACGAUGUCGAGAGGCGUCGGUCGAGCGGGUCCUGCUACUAGAGCGUCGCGACCUGAGUUGGAGCGAGCGAGGAGGGAGAAGAGGUCAGUGGGGAAAUCUGGCGUCGAGGUGCCAGACACGGGCAGAGAGAAGAGGGCUCGACAGACCACGAUUGACGAGAUGUACGCCAGGGAGAAGUUGGCCGAGUUCUCAGACGCGUGGCUUCAGUGGAUCUACGUGAAGAAGUUGCCAUUCAACGCCUUCCGUGGUCCGGAGUUCCAGAGGGUGCGGCAGGCAGCAGAGAGAGUGCCUCGCUCUAUCCAGUUCCGGUUUCCCUCCUACAGGGUUACAGCGGGCGCCGAUAUCCCUUCGCAGAAGGCGAAGGUAGCGACGAUGGUGAGUGAGGUGCGCGCCACUUUCCGGCACAGCGGUGCCACCAUCCUCUCCGACGGGAGGAAGUCACGCAGCGGCAAGCCGCUCGUGAACUUCCUCGCCGGGGGCGCCAAUGGCGCCCUGCUAUACGCCACCGUCGCACGUGACGGGUCGGUCCGAGACAUAGCGGACGUCGUAUACCGUAGGUGGCGGGCCAUCAUCUUGUCCUUUCUUGCAAAGGACGUGAUCGACUUCUGCACAGACUCCGCCAGUAACUAUAUGGCGGCGGCGCGCAGGUUCGCCACAGACCCCGAGCCUGACAUCAGGAGGAUCACUUGGCUCCCCUGCUCCACCCAUGUCUGCAACUUGAUGUUGUCAGAUAUCGGGAUGCGAGUGGGUGGGUCAAGGAGACCAUCAUCCGCGCUCGAGCGCUUGUGCGAUUUAUUAAAUCACACGGCGCUGCUCACACCCUGUUUAGGAAGGGGGGACAGCGAGACCGAGCGAUGUGCAGCGUGGUGGUUUGAGCAUGGACGUGCCCACCCGGAGUUGCGCACCAUCGCCAUCCGUGUCAUGCACUUGUGGACGUCCGCCUCUCCAGCGGAGAGGAACUGGGCGGAGCACGAGCGCGUCAGCACGGCGAGGCGUUGCAAGCUUGGGUUUGCCAAGCUUGCACAGCUGGUUGAGAUUGCCACCAAUCUCAAACUGGCCUCGUGCGCACGGCAGGGUGGUGGCUACGUGUUGCCAUGGGUUAUGGGGACCGGUCGGGGGGGGACGGCGGCAGAGGAGGAGGAUGAGGAGGGAGAUGUGGAGCACGAGGUGUGGGGAGCGCGACCUGAUGGCAGUGUUCUCGAGCAGGAGAUCCAGCGGCAGAUACAACGGAGCUGCCGACCGUGGUCGGAGGGUGGGGAUGAUGUGGACGCUGCUGCGGCAGACGACGACAUCGACGACGACUGGACUAACGAUGAUGACACGCUGCUGAGUCGCGACCCGAUGGCUGAGCGAGUGUACUUCACUUACGGUGGGGGUCGUGACGGCAUGGAUUCAUUCGCAUCAGUUAUCACUGGUGAUGUGCCAUCGACCACGCAGGCGAGUGGCAGCAGCAGAACCGGCGGUGGUCAUGGAGGACGUUCGCAUGCGGAGGUUCGCGUGGACGACUCGGGGGAGCAGCAGCCACGGGGCGGUCUUCGGCAGACAGGCAGGCGUUGGGAGGUUAGGAGCGACAACGAGGCCGAGGGGGAGGCCGAGGAUGAGGAGGUGCCCCUUCGCGAUCGUCGUUUCUCUCCCUCCCAUCAUCCGAUCUUUGCACAGCCCGAGGCACUUAGGCGUUCGGAGAGGUUGGCGUCGGCAGCAGGCAGAGACCGGACACAUGACGGCAAGGAUCGUGGGGGGGAGAGGACUCCUUCCGACGCCGGUAUCCGCCCCUGCUCACCGUCGGUGCUCCGCACACAGGACUUCGACGUCGUAGGGCUUGGCGGGAGCUUGGGAGAUUUCUGUGUCGAGGGACGUCGACGUGCCUCACCGCAGGAGGUGCGCACAGACGCGGACGUUGAGCGGGGCCCUGUUGAGACUGAGGAGGAGAGGGAUGCCCGUUUGGACCGAGAGGAGGAGGAGCGGCUGAGGAGUUUGCCACAGUGGGAGGGUCGGUUCGCGUAUCUCGACGAGCAACGUCCGCAGAGGGACUUGGAGACAGGAGGGGGGGGGAGCCGUGACGUCGACGACUCGGGUGUCCCUGAGGAGGCGGUUCAAGGGGAGUUCGAUUAUGAGGGGCAGGCUGCCGCCGCGGGUGGUGGGUCAGGUGGUGGACGACGCGGCGACGAAGAGACCGCGGGUGUCCCUGAGGGGCAGGAUGUUGUCAUGGGCGGUGGGUCCCCUAGUGGGGGCUGUGGCGACAGCGAGACCGCGGGUGAUGAGGGACAGGUUGCCGCAGUGUGUGGCAGAGGAGAGGGUGGACCCGGUGGGGAUGGGGAUACCGCGGGUGUCGGUGGAGACGAUGGACCGGACGACGACGAUGAUGACGACCACGGUCCCGAGGACGAUCCGUAUAGGCUCGCCUUGGUGUUGAGGGACCCCACAGUGCCUCCCUUGCGCCCUGAGGACACAGCGCACACUUUCUUCGACGUCGACGCUUUGGCGCAAGCGUUGACAGAUGACCGUUUCGCACACGUGAGCCGCAAGAGCGGCAAGCAGCGGGCCCCUGGGAGGGUAUAUUCACCACCGUCGUUCGUGGUGCUGAGCCCUCACUACGGCGGCGGUAGAGAUAGUGCAGGAUCGAUGCCUCCACCGCCCGCACGGACUCCGGAGGCCAGGGUCGACACCGGGGACGGGGCAGCGGCACCCGGAGUUGCGCACAGUGGUGGUUCCCCACCGACAGUCCGAGGUGGUGUGGGUGGCGGAUGGUCAGCUGUUCGUCGGGUCGGGGACCGGUUGCGGGCGGAUUACGAUGCCGGGAGGGGCGUCUUCACGGGACGUACGACUGUUCAGACGCAGGCUGCGGAAGGUGGGUCCGGACGUCCGAGCCUGCAGAUGGCAGGCCGCAUGCUUGGUUUGUCACGAGCGGAGACGAGGAGAUCGUUGGUCCUCAAGGCCGCAGGGACAUCCACGGACAGGCUGCGGGGAGAGCAGUUCACAUCAGGCGAGGAGGGGUUGUUGAUGCGUCCCGGGACGAGACGACAGCAUGGCCUCUCGGAGGUUGUGGCUCGACUCGCUGCAGGGUUCGCCACUGGGCAGGCAGCAUUGGACGUGAUUCAGAGGGAGAGAGAGAGGGGGAUUGCUGCACAGGCGGAGGAGGACGAGGACGCAGACACUGAGUCCGAGCCGAUCGAGACAGCGGCCCGCAGACACAGGGCAUGGGUGGCCGCGGCGGCCGCUACAGCACAUGCGGCAUACGUCAGCGGGGCACGGGGCACAUGUGUCGGAGGGAGAGGAGGGCGCCGGGGAGGACCGCAUGGCCGCCCGUCCUCCGGGAGAGACUGCGAUCGCUCUGGUGGGAGAUGACGACGUCCGUGGUGUAUUUUUUUUUUUCUACUCUGGUGGGAGAUGGCGACAGUAUGUGGACAUUAGGGUUUUCUUUUUUUUUUUUGCUACGCGGUUGUACAGUAGAGACGACGCCCGUCGACGGGUCCAGUUUUUUUUUGCUACUCUGUUGUGUAGUAGAGAUGAUGGGUCCAGUUUUUUUUUGCUACUCGGUUGUACAGUAGAGACGACGGGUCCAGUAUUUUUUUGCUACUCUGUUGUGUAGCAGAGACGAUGGGUCCGGAUUUUUUUUGCUACUCGGUUGUACAGUAGAGACUACGGGUCCAGUUUUUGGCUUCAACCUUGUACAUACGCAUUUCCGUUGUUCUUGUUCCGCCGCCAACAUUGGUCUUGCAUCUGAGUCGCUGUUGUUUGGUGAUUGUUUUUUGCUCUGUUGUCGUGAUUGUUGCAAAUUAUGUGCUUCUCCGAUGCCACGCACCUGCAUGUCAUGGAUGCCUCCAUUAUGAAUGUGCUGUUAAUUUCAGAUGUGACAUAGGGAUGAUGUGCUAAUAAAUGUGUUCUUACAUAAAUGAUGUGCUAAUGAAUGUCCAUCAGUCUC